AUGGCUCCAGCCACGGUCACAAUUGCUAACGGAGCAACAUGGCAAGACGUAGCAGCCGAUCGCCAACAACAUAGGGACGCGACAAUCGCAGAAGUCAGUCCGCCAGUACCGGAAGUGCGCCAGGAAGAUAUCCUUCUUAAUACUACAGGAAUCCCGAAGAAACUUCUCACGGAGCAGGAAAUCGAAAUCACUAACACCGAUGUCGAGAAUCUCGUCAAGAAGAUAACCUCAGGCGAAUGGAGCUCGACGGUAGUAGCCAAUGCUUUCCUGAGACGCGCCGGCCUAGCACAGAAACUUACUAAUAGCAUUACGGAAUUAUUGCCCAAGCGAGCUUUGUCCAAAGCUGCUGAGUUAGACCAAUACCUAGCUGCUAACAAGAAGCCUAUUGGCCCUCUCCAUGGCGUUCCUAUCAGUGUUAAGGAGCAUAUCGCAAUUAAGGACGAAGACCUGAAUGCCGGGUUCGUGGGCUGGGUCGGCCGAGUUGCCGAGGAGGACGCGCUGAUAGUCCAGUGUCUGGAGAGCGCUGGUGCGGUGAUCUUUGCGAGAACGACUGAGCCGCAGACUUUGAUGCAGAUUGAGACAGACAGCAAUCUAUACGGAAUCACCGUGAAUCCUUACAACAGAACCUUGAGUCCUGGCGGCUCAUCCGGCGGAGAAGGUGCGCUAAUCGGGCUCCGAGGCUCGAUCCUUGGAAUCGGAACGGACAUCGGCGGGUCUAUUCGCGUUCCUGCUGCUAGCAACGGGCUCUUUGGCUUCAAGCCCACGACCCUGCGAUUACCAACCGACGGCUGGUCCGCCGCCAUGGCGGGUGCUGAGUCCAUCCUUGCAGCUACUGGACCAAUUUCAACUAGCCUCGAGGGUCUCCGUGUUUUCACCAAAUCCAUUAUCGACCAGAAGCCUUGGCUGAAGCAACCAAGCUUGGUCGGCUUGGACUGGAGAGACUCGGCGCAGUAUUAUCCAGACCGGAAACUUAGGGUGGGCGUUAUUUAUAACGAUGGCAUUGUAAGACCACAUCCGCCUGUACUCAGAGCGCUGAAUGAGUUUGUGGGGAAACUGCAGAAGAGCCCAGAUAUCGAGGUUGUGGAGUGGAAGCCGUGGAAACAUGAUUUGGCAUGGUCUAUCAUCGCAAAAAUCUACUAUGCCGACGGCGGCGCCGACGUGAAAAAAGCCGUUGACUCCUCCGGCGAGCCCUGGCGCCCCCUGGCUAAAUUCAUCCUCCACGAGAACCCACACGUAACUUCCCACACGAUCCCCACGCUCUGGGACGCUGUGACCAAGCGCGAUGCCUACCGCACUGCGUACGCAAACCUCUGGAACGCAGAUCCAGUCGAUGUGAUCCUGUCACCCGCAGGCCCUAGCGUAGCAACCAAGCACGGUACCGGCCGCUACUGGGGAUAUACCGCCCAGUGGAACCUGCUGGAUUACCCGGCCAUCGUGUUUCCCACGACUGAUGCUGUGGGAGAUGCUGCGCGCGAGGGGGAGUACGAGUACCCGGAGGAUUAUGAACCAUUGGGCGAGAUGGAUAGGUAUGUGUAUGGGCUAUGGAAGGAACAUGGCGCGGAGGGGUAUAAAGAUGCGCCGAUUUCGCUGCAGCUUGUUGGACGGAGGUUUGACGAUGAGAAGGUGUUUAGGGCUGCGCAGAUCCUACUCGAGGAAGCUGGGUUGCCGGCUGCUGUUCCCGCGUAG